AUGCUUUUUGCCGAUGCAGAAGCGAUUCACCUUUUGCUGAGUCCGUUAUCCCCCGGCACGCCUUCCGUGGAGCUCGAGCUCCACGAGGACUUGAUCACAACUCUCCUAAACCUCUCAAUUCACGACGACAACAAAAGAGCGUUAGCUAAAAACGAAAAAGUGGUUUCCCUGAUUGUUGAUUCGUUGAAAAUGGGAACAGUCCAAACAAGAAGCAAUGCAACUGCAGAGGUGUUUUCAAUGUCAUCUAUUUACUCAAACAGACACAUACUUGGAAAAUCUGAAGCUAUAAAGUAUCUAGUGGACUUGCUAGACGAGGGGCAUCCUUUAAGCAUGAAUGACGCUGCUUCAGCUUUGUUCAAAUUGUGUUUGGCCUGUGAGAAUAAAGCGAGGACUGUGAGAGAGGGUGCAGUGCAGGUUAUUCUUGGAAAGAUUGUUGACAAGGUCAUGGUUGAUGAGUUGGUGUCACUACUUGUGUUGCUCGCUAAGCAUUCCAAGGCUGUUGAGGCAUUGGUGAGUCAUGGUGUUGUACUCUACUUGCUUGAUAUCGUCAAGGAAACCACGUCAGAACGCGUCAAGGAAAAUUGUGUUGGGAUUCUGUGCACGUACAAAAAUGAAGACAUAUUUAACCUUCCAAGAUUUAUGGGACACGAUAGAAGAAGGAUUUUCUACUCCAAAAGACACUGCAUCCCUUACUGCGGCUCAAAAAAAGGAGUUGAAAGAGAACAAACAAAAGAAUUCAAAGGCGUUAUUCAUUUUGCAACAAGUUGUGACCGACACAAUUUUUCUGAGAAUAAUGGGUGCAACAACAGCCAAAGAAGCAUGGACUACGCUGCAGGAGGAGUUCAAAGGAAGUGA